AUGUCCACUCGCUCGUCCGCCGCCGCCGCCGUCUCCUCCUCACUCCCCUCCCCUGCUCCGUCCGCCCCUGCUCCGUCUCCCCUGCUCUCCCCUGCCUCCCUCCCUGACUCUCUCCCUCCUCUCGUGCAGGCAACCGGCUUCCCGCAUACACCUACUUACAUCCAAACGUACCACCAAUACUCGCAAAUUCCUUCGUCUCCUUGGCUCGCCACCCUCCGCCGCCGUCCACGCGCUCCCUCACUCGUCCUCGUCCGACGAGGCAGCCAGCCACCUCGUGCCGAAACUCGUCUCGCUCAUGGCUCCUCGCCCGACGCCCUCUCGAUGCCGCCGGACAUGUCCUCGCUCGAGGCCAAGAUUGUCGUCCUCGGCGCCCAGGGCGUUGGCAAGACGUCCCUCGUCACGCGCUACUGCAAAGGCGCCUUCGUCCCCUCGCAGAUAGAAUCCACCGUCGGCGCCAGCUUCAUGACCAAGCGCGUCGUUGACGACGACUCCGACACUGUCGUUCGUCUGCAAAUCUGGGACACCGCUGGCCAGGAGCGUUUCCGUUCCAUAUCACGCUUGUACUACCGCGGUGCGAAUGCCUGCAUCCUCUGCUACAGCAUAACCGACGCCCGUUCCUUCGAGGCCAUGGGCGUUUGGCUCACCGAGCUGCGCCGAAACCUCCCUGACGAUGUCGUGCUGCACGUCGUCGGCACCAAAGCCGACAUCGUCGCCCGUGACCCCUCGAAACGACAGGUCCCUUUCGAGCGCUGCAUCGCCUACGUUGCCGAGAACCUCACACCAGGACUCGGGAGCACGCCACCGCCCACAGCCACGCCCUUCAACCCCCCCUCGGCCAUUCCCAUCGUCGUCGAGCCCCGCAGUCCGCCUUCGAAGCGCAGCUCCGGCUUUUGGGCCCAGGAGGUUGGAUGGGACGCUUGCCACGAGAUCAGCGCCGAGAACGGCGACGGUGUCGAGGAGGUCUUCCGCGUCGUCGCCCGCAAGCUUGUCGAGCAGAACCGCAAGAUGCAGCAGGCCCUGCUCACCGCCAUGGCCACCCCGGGCACGCCCGGCUACGAGAACGGCAUGGAUGGCGCAUACUUUGACGGCGCAAACAGCCGAGGCAGCUUCCGCAUCGGUCGCGACAGGAGGAGCUGGCUGUUCUCCCCCUCCUUCUCCCACGCCGUCGCCGUGGACCAACCUGGCGGCGUAACCCACGGCCAGACCCAUCCUGACUACGCAGACAAGGAGCAGCGGAGGUGCUGCUAA